AUGUUAACAUCCAUUACUGAUGCGCGCUCGCGUGUCGUCUCGGACGUCUGCGGGGCGGUCGCGUGCGAGAGCGAGACGGGUCACAAAGAGCAGUGCUCGGAGAGCAAGGUCGAUCUCAAGCCGAGCGUGGAGCGGCACCAUGCGCCCGGGGCGCGCCUGCUCGCGCACUCCAUUCGCGCCGACCACUUGCAAGGCGGGCUACACCAGCAGCACGGUUCCCACAUGUCCACAGUGCCCGUCAGCAUGUCUUCCUCCGCCUCCGACAGCGACAAGCCCGCCAAGCAGAAGAGGCAUAGAACCAGGUUUACUCCAGCGCAACUAAACGAGCUGGAGCGAUGUUUCACAAAGACGCACUACCCUGACAUCUUCAUGAGGGAGGAGAUCGCGAUGCGCAUCGGUCUCACGGAGAGCAGGGUCCAGGUCUGGUUCCAGAACCGUCGAGCGAAGUGGAAGAAACGCAAGAAGAGCACAAACGUGUUCCGCUCGCCCGGAGCGCUGCUCCCUUCGCACGGCCUGCCGCCUUUUGGCGCGGGUGACGUCUGCAGCCCUGGCGUCUUCGCGGACAGGCCCUGGUCGAUGCCUGCAGGUUUAGGGCAGCUGUCGCAGGGCGGCGUGUCGAUGAGCGGGUUCGGCGCAGGCACGCUACCGCAGCUCGCCGCCGACCUCAACCCUUCGCUGCCCAUCAGUUCUGUGGCCUCCCAGCCCUACCAGUCGCACUACCCGCUUAACUCGCUCGGCGACACGAUGAUGUCCUACUGCAACAACAUCAGCUCGCAGCAGGCGGGGCUGGAGGGCUCGCCCACGCCGCCGCACAUGCACUGCGCCAACAACAACGCCUCGCCGACCACCUCGGUGAAGGUUGUCCCAGCAGGAGGAGGCGGCGAGACAGGCGAGGAGGAGGUGUGGCGCGGACACAGCAUUGCGGCGCUGCGGAGACGCGCUUCCGAGCUGUCGGCCGCCAUCCCGCCCUACCUCCAGCUCAACUACGACGCGCACAGCCCCGUCUACUGA